UGGGUCAACUACACAAUUUCAGUAAUAUUUUUUAGUAUGUAAUAUUAUGAAAAAACAAAAAUGUUAGAGUUCUCAUUUUUAGCUUAAAAUAAACAAAUCAUUUUGUUGUCGGAUGUUCCGGUCGGAGAAACUCUUAGUGGAGUACACUGUCUGAAAGAAGACUUCACGAUCUAUCGUUUGGUGAAAUACAUUUUUUUCUAUUUGAUUUUAUUUUAUAAUCGGGCUACAAAGAAGACUAUUUCGGCUGGUUACAGUGACUACUGUAUAGGCUACUACUUAAAUAAUAUUUUCUUUUGCACCUUUUGUUGAUAUCACAUUGUGCAUUAUUGCACAUUUAUUGUCUUCAAUUUAAUUUUUACGCAUUUUGAGACUCACUGGGUUCUCUUAUCAAAUAUUGCCAGUGGAACAUCCGUAAAUCGUAAUUUGUUAGUACUUAUAAUACUAGUUUUAGCAUUAAGCACUCAUUAAUCGUUUACAUUUUUCUUUGACUCCACCCUCAGACUAUUAGAACUACAAAUAUAAUCUAUAAUAUAUUGUAAUACCUUUGGUCAAACCGUCAAUCUUGGCUAAAAGUUAAGAUUUUUUUUAUCGUAUCUUUUUAAUCUGUUAUUUUUGUUUUUUUUUUUUUUUGCGAUCACAUAACGGUACGUCGGUACCUCACCUUAGUGCCUAGUGGGGCUUGUUUGGGUGAACACAAACUACACAACCUGAUACGUAAAAUGUUAAAGCAUGCAUAAAUAACAAUCACUACCACUUGCAUUUUUAUGUUCACGGGUAAAUUUCAUAUACAUUGUUUGUUAAACCCUAUCAGUGUAGUAAAUAUCAAUGAAUUCAAAUAAUAAAGUUAAUAUUUCAGGAUAAUUAAUAGAAUGUUUUUAUUUUCGUGACACUGCCAAUCUAUUAACCCGCUAUUGCAAUGCUUCGAUUUUUAAGCAGAAAGCGGGGUCGAAAUGAUCCUAAAGCAAGAAACAUUAAAGCUGGAGCCGAACGUUUAAAUCCCCCCAACAAGCAUUGUAUGCAAUGUAGGGUUAUGCUUUUAGAUGGUACAGACCUAUGCAUUGAACUAUCAGUAAGUACCCCUACAAUUUAUUAUUUUACAUUUUUGUCAAAUAAUAAUUUUAAUUUACCUAAGUAGAUAGUUGUUACAAAUUAAAAAAAUAAUAAUAACAAUUUAUUAAGUAUCUAUACUAAACAAAUUGAUUUUAUGUAUUAUAAAUUAAAAUACUAAAUAUUUAAUGGGUAGUUUUACUAUAAGUGUAUAGUGUUAGUAUUAAAUGUUAAUUUAUUUCUAUUACAAUUUACUUAUAGAUAAUUUUUUAUUUUAUUUGUAUAAAUCUAGUUUAUGACCUAAGAUUUUUUUUCUUAAUGUGUAUUUAGGCUUGUACAUUGAGAAUCUAAAAAAAAUCGGACAAACUUCAUUUGGAAGCUAUGGGGGAAAACUUCAUGAAGUUCGGGUGUUUCUUAGUGAGAAUUUAACAUUUUCAAAUUCUGUUUUUACAAAAUGCUUGAUUUUUAAUGCUCAUUCCAUUGGUAUAAUCAAAAAUUACUUACUUUUAUAGUACAUAAACCUUGAAAUAUAACAGUUUUGAAAUUAAUCCAAAAUGUGGUUAUUUUUAUUAUUAUUACGCUUUGUAGUUAUUUAUAUUUUAUAAGUCGGAAUAAGUCUAUCAGCUUGAAUUUACAGUUACAAAUGUUCAAACCCUAGUGAUCCCCCUAUGUCUAGAUGCACCCAAAAUGCUUUUCCACUUUUCUAUAGUACCUACUCGACUUGGUUUCACACAGCAAAUUGAGGGUUAUUUCCGAUUAAAACAAUCUUAGCGAACGAGUGACCCCUUCAGGUCUCUAAGUGCAUUCUAAAUGUUAUUUUUCAACGUUUAUGUACAAUAACUUCAAAAUUAAGUAUGAUAAGUAAGUUUUGAUCAUAUCAUUGGAUUAAGCAUUAAAAAUCUCUCAUUUAAAAAAAUAAAUAAAUUCCCUCUAAGAAACACGCAAAAUGGAAAACUCAAACUUAGUAAAGUUCUCCCCAACAGCUUACAAAGUUUUUCUAAAUUUUUUUUUUAGAUUGAUAAUUUACAAGCAAAAACACACAUUUUGAAAAAAACAAUUUUAAAAACGAGCUAGAUUUGUUCCAUUUUAUUGAAUUUCUAAUAUUUAAAACCUAUAAAAAAGAUUUAAAAGGUAUAAUUAUGAAUUUAUAUUUUCUAAAUAAAUCCAAAAUGAAAGUCUUUAUUGUUGAAAGUAUAAUAUGUUAAUAUUCUCAGAAAAUUCCAUUAACUUUUAAUCUAUAUUCAUUGUUCUUAUAGUAUGUUCAUUUUUAUAAAUAAUAUGCAUAGCAAUGAUAAUAAAUGUGAUUAGUAUGCUAAAUAUAUUUUCUUAAAUACCUACUCAUUAUAAAUUAAUUUUAUAAAUAUUUCGCCUUCUUUUUUUUAAUGUUGUUUAUAUUAAUAAUAGUUUCAGUUAUUGGGUAAUUUUUUAAAUGGUUUUGUAUAAAUCUAAAAUUAAAUACCUGAUUUUUGUUUAAUUUAAAUAAUUUUAACAUAAUAUAAUUUAUGUAUCACAUGUAGAAUAAUUAGAUUAAUUUUUAUUCAUUUAUUUAUUUUUAUAAAUAUUUGUCAUUUACAGUGGGAAAUCUCUACUCACCAAAACUUAAUUGUACCAUUUUCAUCAUUAUAAACAACUAUUUAUUUGGAAAAAAAAAAUGUUAUAUUUUUAACUAAAUAUAAAUUUUGUUUACUAAUUCAAUUAUUAUUAGAUUUUAAAUUAAAUACAAUUGUUGCAUAUUACUUCAUUAUUUAUUAAUUUAACUGGAUACACUUGUAAUAUUAAUUUAUUUGUCUUAAUUAAUUGCUAUCAUAUUUUUUUCAGAAAAAAGCUGUUGGCAGUGAUUUAUAUGAACAAGUAUUUUAUUCAUUAGAUUUGAUUGAAAAAGAUUAUUUUGGUUUACAAUUUACCGAUGCCAAUCAUGUUCAGGUAAAUACCUUCAUAAAUAUGUGUAUAUUUAUAUAGCUAAUAUUGUCUAGUUAAUAAUUUGUUAGAAUAAUUUAGAUUAAAAAUUAAAAAUAAUUAUAAUUAGGCUUGUUCAAUAUUUUGAACAUUUCAAAACUUUAUAACUAACUUGGCAGUAGUUUUCUAUUUGACAAUCCUGUAAGAAUUACAAUGAAAGAACGAUUUACUAAACAUUUUAAAUAAUUGUUAAGUUAAAUUUUAACCUAUCUUAUAAUUAUUUAAUUAAUAAUUAAAACGUUCUAGUCAAAAUGCUAUGUGACUACUUGAGGCGAAGAAAAUGUAUAAAUUGUCUGGUUAUUGUUUUACUUUAUCUUGGAUUUUGUUUUUACCCUAUAUUAUGUUAAAUAUUUAAUUAUCUGAUUCAAAAUAUAUAAUAUCUUAUUUAUUUUUAUUUUUAAAAUUAGCACUGGCUUGAUCCAACAAAAGCUAUAAAAAAACAAGUUAGAAGUAAGUUAUUAUACAUUCGCAUGUUUUAAAAUUUGUAUUGUUUUUUAUUAUUACUAUUUUUAUUAAAGUUGGACCACCAUAUACGUUUCGUUUGCGUGUUAAAUUUUACUCUUCAGAACCAAACAUGCUUCGAGAGGAGUUAACACGGUACCAAUUUUUUCUUCAGUUAAAACUGGAUAUUCUAGAAGGACGUCUUGAAUGUCCACAAAAUACUUGCAUUGAAUUAGCGGCUUUAGCUCUACAAUGUAUGGCCCAUUAUAAUUUUUAUUUAAUUAAUUAAUUAAUUAUAAUUAUAUUUUUUAUGUGUAUUAUUUAAGUUUUUAAUUUUAAUUUUAAAUAGCUGAACUCGGUGAUUAUGAUGAAACUUGUCAUACUCCUGCUGUUAUAUCAGAAUUUCGAUUUGUACCAAAUCAAACUGAGGAUAUGGAAAUACAAAUUGUAGAAGAGUUUAAAAAGUGUAAAGGAUUAUCUCCUGCUCAAGCAGAAACAAGUUAUUUAAAUAAAGUUAAAUGGUUAGAAAUGUAUGGGGUUGAUAAUCAUACCGUUUUAGUAAGUCUGUUCAAAAUGAUUAAUUUUAUAAAUAAUAAAGUAUUUCAUAAUUUAAGUUUUUAACCACAAAAUACUUAUUAUUUUUGAUUAUUUAUUUAUUUAGGGUAAAGAUGGAUGUGAAUAUGCUCUUGGCUUAACACCAACUGGAAUUUUAGUCUUUGAAGGCCUUCAAAAAAUUGGUCUCUUCUUCUGGUAUGACAAUAAAUAAAUAUAAAUAUAUAACUCUCCAUGAGUUAUGUUGAGUUCAAGAGACAAUUUUUAAAAUUUACAAAAGCCUUCACUACCAAUUCGAACACUGUACAUUUAUAAAAGUUAUUACAAUGUGUUAUUAUUGAGAAAGAAGACAUGUAAUUCUUAAAAAGCAUUAAAACAAUUAAUUAUUUAAAAAUAUAAGACAAUAAGAGACUUACCUAAUUUAAAAUUAUGACAUACUAUAUCCAAAUUAAAAAUGUUUACUUUUAUUGAUUACUUAGAAGACAUUAGCACAUUCAAUUAUUUUAUUGAAUUAUAAAUAUAAAAUAUUUACUCUUAAGAUAUUAAACUAUUUUGAACAUUAAAAUAUUUAAUAUCUUAUUAAAAAAUUAAAGGUUAUUUUUAAGAAAUUGUAUAAAAAAACAACAAAUCUAAAAAUAUUUCAACAAGUUAAAAAAAAAAAAGACUUCAAUGUCCAAUAGAUUUGGCUUUAUUAUCCUAUAAAAUAAAUUUAUUUCUAAGUAGCUAUUAUGUAGGGCUGCUGAAACGUGCAAAUAUUAGAAGUUCUUUACCCUAGCUGUUAUAAACGUUAUAUUGUAUUUUUUUUUUUUUUUGUAUAGGCCAAAAAUUGGUAAGUUGGAUUUCAAAAAGAAAAAACUAACUUUAAUAGUUGUAGAAGAUGAUGAUCAAGGGCGAGAACAAGAGCAUACUUUUGUUUUUCGUUUACAUAAUGAAAAAGCAUGUAAACACUUAUGGAAAUGUGCAGUUGAACAUCACGCAUUCUUUAGGCUUCGGGCACCUGUUAAAGGUCCAUCAGCUAGACAAAACUUUUUCAGAAUGGGCUCACGUUUUCGAUAUAGGUAAUAAAUGCAUACAAAUAUUUGAAUCUAUUUUCAAAUAAAAAAAAAAAAAACAUUUUUUAUUGUUUAACUCAGUGGUAAAACAGAGUUCCAAACAACUCAAUUAAACAGAGCAAGAAGAACGGUUCAAUUUGAAAGAAGACCUAGUCAAAGAUAUGCACGAAGACAGUCGCAUGUUUUAAGAGAACGACAAAAGUAAAUUUAAAUUUAGUAAUUUUAUAUUAUAUUUUUUUUUUAAACAAAAAUUAGUAUAGUACUAUAUAAUAUACUACAUGUACAUAAUGUGUAUUAUUUUAUGAUAAUGUUAAAUUUUUUAUAUUAUUUUUAAAGGGAUAAAACAGAAAAACCAAAAUUAACUGAUGAGAAUGAUAAAAUUGAACAAAUCAAUAUAAUGGAUAAACCACCUACUCCAAUUUUAGAUUCUAAAGAUACUCACCUAGAGCCAACAUCUUCAUUAACUUCAAACUCAUCAGGUAAUAUAACAUUUACACAAGAUAAAAAAGCUAAGGAGAAUUUAUAUUCUUCUAAUUGAUCAUUAGUAUAAAUUAGUUUAUUGCUUAAUAAAAUUAUAUGUUACAGAUAUUGCUGAGGAUAGAUUAGACUCAUUAUUAAAAAGUUUAAAUAAAGACACUCCGUUAAUAAAUAGCAACAUCAAUGAAUCAAAUUGUGUUGAUAAAAUUAAUAAAACUGAUAGUAAAGUAUUUUUUUUAUUAUUAACCUUUAUUUAUAUUAAAUCAGUAUUAAUAAAUAUUGUUUUUUGUUAGAUUUUGGUAAAGAUCAAAAUCAUUCUACGUCUCCUCUACCAAACAACCGAACCAUUUCAUUUAAUACUACUCCGAGACCAAUUCCAAAAGAACAUUUAAAAUGUAAUAUACUUAAAGGUAAUUUAAUGAAAAUGUAAUAAUUAAUUUAACUAAACAAGAAUGUGCAAAGAAAAAACCUCUUUUAGUUUGUUGUCUUAAAAAUAACAUAUUUAUUUGUUUUAUUUGUAUAGCUAAAGUUGAAGAAGAAAUGAGAAAAUCACCAUUGGCCAUGUUUGAUCCGUUAUCUAAAGUUACCAAUUUACAUGAUAACCAUUUACUACAUAAUGGGUGAUUAUAUUGUUUUAAGUAUACUUUUUUAUAAUCUGUAUGUAUAUUUAAAAUUAUGUAAUUUUACUUUUAGGGAAUGCAAUUUAAAUUCAAAAUCAAGUUCUUUUGGUAAAGAACAAGCAACCUUUGUUUCUGUUGUAAGUUUGUAUAAAAUGAUAAAUAAUAUUUUUUGUAUUUUGUGGUGUUCUUUAUUUGAGAUAUAUUUGAGAGCAGUUAUUAUUUUUUGCUAUGUAUUGUUUUGUGUUGUUAUUUUAUUUUUAUUUUACUUUGUUUAUGGCUUUUUGCUUGGUAUUUAAAAAGGGCGGAGACAAACUGACACUAUCCCUUAAUGGUGGCAUUACAACACCGGAAGAAAUUAAGCUACCAUUGGAUGAACAACCUAUAUCUGAAAUAUCUCCUGUAACUAAAGAUGACCGUAAACGAUGUGCUACUCCAGUAACAGUGACUCAUUUCUCUUUUGGUGAAUGUGGCAAAUUAGAACAAAGAGUAAUUUCUCCCGAAAGAAGUCCUACUGAAAGUAUGUCGAGCAUUGUGUCUUUGCCUUCAUUUAAUGCCACUUCACCAACUAGUCCUCGCAACCCAUUUUCGGCAAAUCCAUUUACUAGUGAUCCCCAAAACACGCCAACCAAUCCAUUUUUAUUGCCAUUAUCAAAUCCAUUUACUGAUGAUAGUAUCAAAAAAGAUUCUACUAAUGGUAUCGUGGUCACUGUGGUUGAGUCAAAUACUGGAACACAUAAUACUGCAAAUUCUGAUACAAAAGUAUUCCAAAAAAUCCAGGUAUGUUUAUGUCCUAAAUCAACUUGUAUAAUAUUAAUAAUUGUUUUUAUCAAGAAUUGUUAUACUAUACACAAAAUAAAUCUAGACACUAAGUAAAUUCCAUUUUAUUAUAUUGAAUUUUGUAAAAUAUUUUAAUUUUAAUGUUAAUUAUAACGUGAUUCGUUUAUUAAUAUGAUUGAAUUAUUUUUUUCUUCAAAUAGAUUAUAAAUUUCAAGAAAUUUUCAUCGAUUAAAAUACAUUUAGUUUAAAAAUUUAAUUUUUAUAUCUUAUGUUUUUAGUUUAUAAUUUAUAUCAAUGAUGAUUAAUUUGGUUGCGUUUCAAUAAUUAUUUGUUCAAAGCAGCAUAACAUACUAGACUUAAAUUAUUCAUAUUAAAGACAAUAAAUAUGUUUUUAUUUACUGUAUAGUCAAUAGUGUGUGAUUUAUGUACAAUUACAUUUCUAUGAGCUUAGUUGUAAUGUGUCCAAAAUUGCUAUUUAUAACUAGAUGCUGUAAUUUUAAUUCUGAUUAGUGACUGCUUGUAAUUUUGCUUAUUUAUUGCUAUAAUUGUUAUUAAUUGGGAUAAUAAAUAGCCAAAUAAUUAAAUAGUUUAAAUAUGAGUGAUUUAUUUAUUUUAGCAGUCCGUAAACACAAUUUUUAAUCAGAUAAAUUACUUCAAUCAUCAACUUGAGAAAUAAUUUCUAUACUUCUGUAGAAUUAGUAUCUUGUUGUUUAUGAAUUACCAAUGGUUUACAUAAUACCGGUUUUGACAAAAUCAAUUUUUUUUUAUCCAACUUCAGAAAGAAACAAUUGUAGAAACUUUGCACCUCUUUGAAAUUAUUCAGUUAUUUAUUUAUUGUUAUUAUAUGAGGAUAAAAUUAUAUUUUUCUAAAAAAUAAACUAAAAUAUAAUACAAGGUUUUAUGUAAUUAAGUUGUUUGCAAAUUACAUUUUUAAAAUAUAAAUAUAAUAUUUUACUUAUUGUGAAUAAAAUAAAUCAUUGGCCAAUUUUCUAAUUAAAUAUAUUGGGAUAGUUAAUUGUGUUUCAUUUUUUUUCCUUUUUUUUUUUUCUUAGGAACCAUCUAAGAUAAAGCCUAUAAAUCAAAUUUCACCAUGGUUAGUUAGCAGCGGUGCAGAAACUACUUCCGGACCUAAAAUAAUUACCAGAAAAUCUGUAAUCACAACACAACUUUAAAUGUGUUAAGUAUGUUUUAUAUAUUUUAAUUUACUGUUUUAUAAUUUAAACUUUUUAAUAUUUAUUCUUUAUUGAUAAUACAAUGUUAUUUUUAUAAAUACGGUUAUUAAAAAAUACAUUUGAGAUAAAACCUAAAUCACCUAAAUAAUUAGUGUCAACUAUCGUAAAAUUUGUAUGUUAGGCAUCACAUAUUUAUAUUUGAUGGAAAUAUUUUUAAUUUUCAUAAUAAAUAUGAUCUCUUUGUUAUUAUUUUGUGGAUUAAAAAGAAAUUUUAAUUUAAAAAUGUAUACAAAAAAAAAAUCUUGUUAAAUUAGUUUCUUUUACAUUUCCAAAAAUUAAAAAUGUAUACAAAAAAAAAUUCUGUUAAACUAUUUUCUUACACAUUUCCAAAAAGUUGUAUAUUGAAAUCAACAAUACAUCAAUUCUAUUUAUAUAUAUAUUUUUUAAAACUUUGUUACUAUUUUUUUUUUUAUACAAUAUUUUUACUAUGAGGGGGAUACAAUAAAUCAAUAAAUACAUUUCCCGUUAGUUGACAAUUUUGUUUAAUAUUUUCUAGGAAUUUAAGUUUUGUGCAAUUUAGAUAAAUGAAUUUAUUAUUUUAAUUAAACAAUUUUUUGUAUUAUUAUUAUUUGAUUCAGACUGAAAAUUGUGUUAAUAAUUUAUAAACACAUAUAUGAUAUAAAUAUAUUUUGUUUAUGUAUACAUUACUAAAACAACUAUUUAAUUUUGUCAUCUGCAUAUUAUAUUUUAAGUUUAUUUUAAAUUAUCAGUUUUUUUAUAUUAAUGCUCAACAUUAUUUACAUCAAAUUAGUAAUAACUAUUUUUCUAUUAUUAUAUUUGUGAUCAAUUUAAAUUUAUUGUGAACUAAAGUGCCUUUUGUUGUAACAAAUUUUCAAGCAAUUGUUGCUCUCUCCUUUCAACCAUUAAGUUUCACGUAGUAUACAUUUUUUUACUAUAUUUGAAUACAAUAUAAAUUUUAUGUUUAUAUAUUUUAUUUUUUUUAACAAAAUAAUUUGAGUAUAAAAUAAAAUAAUAAGUUUAUUAUUGCUGUAUAAAUCUUUUAGGUUUUUUUUUUAUUAAAUUAAAUGUUAAAUAAUUAUAAUAUAUUUUUAAAUCUGUUAAAAAAUCAGAGUUUGCGUAUUUAUUGGAUGAUGAGUAUAUUAUUAGUGCUCAUCGCUUUUGCCUUUUACUUGUGAUAAUUUAGAAUGCAGUAUUAAUAUUGUUGUAUUUUUUUAUUAUUAUUAUUAUUUUAUAUAUAUUGAAAUUUAAGUCAAAUUAAUUAGUUAUAAUAAUGAUAUAUAUAUAUAUAUAUGUUGUUUGAAAUUAAUAUUAUAACAACUUUCUUAUGUACUAUGUAUUUAAUUGUAAAAUGUUUUAUACCAAGAGUGCCAUAGUUUAUAGGAGUUGUACAGUGUACAACUGUUAAGAGUAAAUAUUGAUUAUGUUCUAAUAUGGCAUUUAUACUUUAAUAAUAAUAAUAAUAAAUUCAUAAAAAAAUUUCUUUGACAAAUUUUAAAAUACUAUGAAACAUAAAUUAUAAAAAUAUAUUUAAUUUAAUCUAUAAUAGUUUAGAAUAUCCAGAUUGUCUAAAAGUGAUACAUAUUUCUCAACAAUGCCAUCUUAGAACUAAUAAAUUUAAUAUUGUAGUAUAUUUUGUAAUUUAUUUUAAUGUAGACAUUCCAUUAUAUUUUUUUUAAGGUUAUAGUUAGUGAAAACAAAUUAUACGUGUAUUAUUAUUAACAUAGUUCAAAAACCGUCCACUAAAAUGUAUACCUAUGUGAUUAAUAAGAAUUUAUUUAUUGAUGUAAUAUUUUGUUCAUUUUUUUCUGUUCAACAAAUUCAAAGUAAUUUUUAAAUGUCUGAUACAACUUUAACGAGUUUAGUUAUAAUAAGUAGUAUGUUGAACCCAGAAAAUAAAAUUAAACAACAAUGUCUACAAUAGCUUAUUCUUCUAUAAAUAAUAACAUAAACUAUUUUAUUAUUUAUUAUAUUUGGUCGUCAUUAUGAAUUGCUAUUAAACUAUUAUUUAUACUAUAGAUUAUCUUAAAAAUAACUUAUCAUAUUGCCACUUAGUUAUAAUAAUUAUUACAUUAGGUGUAUUAUUUUUCCUAUUGAACAUUACUAAUGUGUUUUAUUUUAUAUACAAUUAUAAUUUAUAAAACAAAUGUAUAC